AUGUCAUCUCCAUCUGUGGCUGGCAACACUCCUUCGGCAACCGCCAUCACCUCGUCGUCGUCGCCGAUCAAGAAAAAAGUGCCCAGGUCGCCGAACAAGGCCAAAGUGAGAGCAAAGGCUGCCGCCAAGGGCGACGAUGGCUCGUCGUCGUCCGACUCGUACACCUACGGCACGUCGUCGUCCGGUUCGUCGUCGGCCUCGUCGUCAUCAGGCUCAUCAGUUGCGUCGUCGUCGGCCGGAGCGGCGCUCAGCGGGAGCAAGCCGACCACGUUCACCACCGCCGACGGACACUGGCGCGAGGUCAAGCCCGUCAAGGGCACUUCGCCGCUGCCGCGACACUCCCACUCUGCAGUGGCGUACAACGGCGCGAUGUAUGUGUUUGGCGGCGUCGACAAAGACGGCAAGAUGCUGUCGGACGUCCAUGCCUUUGUCUUUGAGUCGGAGGUCUGGCUCCCGGUGAGAGUCCGCGACCCGCCGCCUGGCCGCUACGGCCACACCGCGGUCAUGCACUCCAACUCGAUGGUGGUCUUUGGCGGCAUGGCAGUGACUGACGCUCUCUCCGAGGUCUGCGUCUUCCACAUUCCGUCGGCCAAGUGGACGCUUCUGGAGCCGUCGGGCACCGUUCCGCGCGGGCGGCACUACCACUCUGCUGUGGCGUACGGCUCGCUCAUGUAUGUCUUUGGCGGUUAUACUGGCCAGCACGUGCUCUCGGACAUGUUUGUCCUCAACAUCGAGACUGGGGCCUGGUCACUGGCAACCACUUCCGGCGAUGCUCCGGGCCGCCGACGCGCCCACGCCGCUGCAGUGUGGAACAACCUCAUGCUCGUCUUUGGCGGCAUCGACCGCUCGCCGCUCGGCGACCUGCAUGCGCUCGAUGUGGCGACCAUGAACUGGUCGGUCAUUCCGCUCACCCUCCCACUUGGUGACUCGCCCGAUGUCCUUGUCCGCACCUUUGCCACCCUCGCCACCGUCCGCGACAAGCUCGUCCUCUUUGGCGGCAUCCAAAAGUUCACCGACGUUGUCGUCGACUGCUGGGUCUCUCCGCUCCGAGCCCUCGUUGCCUCGCACGUCACCCGUGCCGACCAGGUCGGCCGCGCCCACGCUCGCUUCCGCUCCUCUUCGGGCAACCGCGGGCUCUCGGCCACCACCUCGCAUGUCACCGCCUCCGAGUCGGAAGCCUCCGACUCGGAGUCCACCGUCCAUGUCACUUUUCCGUGCUCGCCGCCCGCCACGCCCAAGGGCUUUGGCGCCUCGCCGCCGUUUGGCGGCGUUGCUUCUGAGCCGCGGCCCAUCCCGCCGCGCCCGCGGCUCGAGACCGGGCCGGCAAGCUCUGCCGCCUGGUCGUCGGCCUCGUACGGCUCGCCGGGCACUCCCAACGUUUUGGGCAAGAUCCGGCUCAAGUGCAAGUUUGGCGACGAGAUGCGCCUCGUCUCGGUCACGCCCUCGAUGGCCUUUGACGACGUCGCUGCCAAGAUGGAGGCCAUGUUUGGCGUCGCCUGCCUCAUGCAGUACUCGGCCGACGACGACACCAUCACCAUCCGGUCCGAUGAGGACUUGCGUGAGGCCGUCGAGUUUGUGGCCGACUCGGGCUCGACGACGCUCAAGGUCUUCCUCACCCCUCUCUCGGCCACGCCGCUCGGCGCCUCGUCGCCGCAGCUCGGCGGGCUCGGCGGCGGCGACGCAACUGCCAAUCCCCACGCCGACGCCCCUGCCGAGCCCGGCGACGACGACCCUGAGCGGGUCAUCAACUUUUCGCGCGGCCAACUGCUUGGCCGCGGUGCCUUUGGCGAAGUAUACCUCGGUAUGGACAACGAGACCGGCUCGCUCCUCGCCAUCAAGCAGGUCUCGCUCGCCGAGACCACCGGCCAGGAGACCGAGAUCCAUGAGCUGCAGCGUGAGAUCGCCACGCUCAAGGGCCUUCACCACCCCAACAUUGUGCAGUACCUCGGCUCGCUCCUCACCGACGAGUACAUCCACAUUCUGAUGGAGUAUGUGCCCGGCGGCUCAAUCGCGCUCCUCCUCAAGAAGUUUGGGCCUUUCUCGCCGGCCGUCAUCCGCAAGUACAUCCGCCAAGUCCUCCGCGGCCUCGACUAUCUCCACACCAACUCGAUCAUGCACCGCGACAUUAAGGGUGCCAACAUCCUUGUCGACAAGACCGGGACUGUCAAGGUCGCCGACUUUGGCGCUUCGCGCAUGGUCGCCGAAAUCCAGUCCAUCUCGGAGGACUGCCACUCGUUUCGCGGCACGCCGUACUGGAUGGCGCCCGAGGUCAUUGCCCAGAACGGGUACGGCUUCAAAGCCGACAUCUGGUCGCUCGGCGCCACCGUCAUCGAGAUGGCCGACGGCCGACCGCCGUUCUCGGAACUCAACCCGCUCACCGCUCUGUUCCACAUCGCCAAGGACUCAACGCCCAUCCCGGUCCCGGACUCGCUCGUCGCCUCUGCCCGCGACUUUGUCCUCAAGUGCAUGAACCGCAACCCGAGCGACCGCCUCUCGGCCUCGCAGCUGCUGGACCACCCGUUCCUCACCGACGAGCCCGGAUCACCGGCCGAGGCUGCUGCCGCCGCCGUCGAGAGAGGGCCACUCGGCCGCGAGCUCCUCUCGUCGUCGUCGUCGACGUCGUCAUCCUCCUCCUCGUCUGAAUCUCCGGCCGCCUCGCCUGGCGCCUCACCUCUUCCACCACCACAGGCUCAGGCCAAGCCGGCCCUUACAGAGGCGCUGGAGACCAAGGGCCUGUCGUCCGACUCGCUCGACGCCCUCAAUCCGGUGGCAAGCGUGGACGACGAGACGUGGGGCGCGGCGAACUUGCGGCGGAUGAUGAAGGAGGCCGCCAUCGGUGACAGCUUUCCUUCGCUCGACGGCGUGCUUGUUGCGCCCGGCAGUGCGAGUAUGGCCGGCAGUCGCAACCGGCGCGGCUCGCGGACCUCAUUUGACUCUGCGCGGUCGUCGGUCUCGGUCGACGAGGCUACGCUCCAGGCCUUUCUGGAGGUCCAAUCGUCGGCGCAGGAGCGCGGGUUUGGGUCGGGAGUGCCGUCGCCGACGGCCGGCAGCGAAGGCGCCAUGAUGGCACACGGCAACUUUACGCCGACGCCGAGCGACGACGCGAGCCCCGGUCUGGCCUCGGUCCGCCAAUCGACCAUCUUUGGCCGUGGCGGGCGGCAGCUGCGGAUGCCCGUUCCGCAGCGGGCGCGCCCCGAGGAUCCCGAGAGUGAUCUCUGGAUGGGCCUUGCACCGGCCAUUCUGCAGCUCGACGGCAUUGGCCCGGCAUCAGGCGGAGUUGCGGCCGUGGUCGGCGACGGCGACGUGGUGGUGGCGGCCUGUUCAUCGGGCCUCGCUGUGGCGUGGGACGCCUCGGGCACCGUCGUCCACACGCUCGGGCGCAUGCCCGCAGCGUCGGAUCGGGUCCUCGCCAUGUCGUGCCGGAGCGGGCUGGUUGUGACCGGCUCAGACUUUGGCGUCCUGCGGGUGUGGGAUCUGGUCACUGCCGAGCUCGUCACCUCGAUGCGGUCACCGUAUCCGGUGCUCGCGCUCGAGCUCGAUCCGUCAGGCACGCUUGCGGUCGCCGGCUCACACGACGGGCACCUUGUUGUCUGGUCGCUUGCUGACGGGGUGGUGGUCAAGACACUCGGCAGCAACGAGCUGGGCGAGGCCGACGCGUCGCGUGGCUCGGUCCUCGCGCUGCAGGUCUCUGCCACGACGGUCAUCUCGUCGGGUACCGACAACGUCAUCCGGGUCUGGCAGCUCAAGUCGGGCGUGUGCCUCGCGUCGCUGUCUGGGCACGUGGGCAAGGUGACCGCACUGGCGUACGAGCCCGAGCUAGGCGCGCUGGUAUCGGGCUCGAACGACGCCACGCUGCGGGUAUGGGACGUCCAGCGCGAGCAGUACACCGCCGUGUUGUCGGAGCACUCAGGACCGGUCCUCGCUGUCGCACUUGACUCGUACAAGAUUGUGUCGUCGUCGCAGGACGCCACGGUCCGAGUCUGGCGGCUGACGUCGGGCGAGUGCCUGCACAUCUUCCGGACCGCCGUCCCGCCCGACUCGAUCUGCCUGCUGGGGCACGACAAGCUGGUUGCCGCGUCGUCGCUCGGCUCAGGCGUCCAGAUGUGGCACUUUGUCCCGCUGUCGGAAGCCGCUAAGCUCACGUCGUCGGCAGAGCGGGCCAAGUUGAUGCUCGUCUCGCCAGUCCUCUCGCCGACGCCCGACGGGCGUCUGACGCCGCCGAUCUCGGCGCUCUCGACCUCGCCGCACCGGACGCCUCUCACCCCGUUUGGUACCGCCUCGACCGUCUUCUCUGAAGUCGGCUCCUCGCUCUCCUCGCUCGCCUCGUCGCUGCUGGCCAAGCCCGCCCCAGGCCUCAUCGACAUGCCGCCGCAGCGUUCCGGCCGCCGGAUGGCCCGUGGCUCGUCCAAGCUCUUUGACCCGCCGCCGUCGGCCGCAUCCGGCACCUCGGGCACCUCGGGCACCUCCUCCCCGCCACCCUCGUAG